AUGCUUUCAACGAGAAGAUGCUGGAUUCAUCUGUCGAAAAGAGCGAUUUCCGGAACCAAAUCCGCCACAGCCUCGCCCUCGCAGCCGAAAAGACGCAGAUCGACCACUUUUUCCGAUGCUCUUAACAAAGGCCCAUCGUUCGAGGAUUUUGUCAACGGUAAAGCCGCCCAGGUGGUGCUGGACCCGCUGCAACAAGCCAGAGACAACGCUGAAGAGGCCAAACGACUACCCAAAUGGCUCAAAGUUCCAAUUCCAAAAGGUUCUAACUUCCACAAACUGAAAAAAGACGUGCGUGAGUUGAAGCUCAGUACAGUGUGCGAGGAGGCCAAAUGCCCCAAUAUAAGUGAGUGUUGGGGAGGUGCCGAUAAAACUAAAGCUACGGCCACCAUCAUGCUUCUGGGCGACACGUGCACGCGUGGUUGUAGGUUCUGCUCUGUCAAGACUAACCGCGCGCCUGCGAAACCAGAUCCCAUGGAACCCGAAAACACAGCAGAGGCCGUAUCCAGGUGGGGGCUUGGCUACGUAGUGUUGACCACGGUCGACAGAGACGACCUACCGGAUGGUGGGUCUUACCAUCUAGCAGAAACCGUUCAAAAAAUUAAACAGAAAGCACCCAAGACCCUGGUCGAGACCCUCUCGGGAGAUUUCAGAGGAGAUCUCAAUAUGGUCGAAGUCAUGGUUAAAAGUGGACUGGACGUCUACGCACACAAUUUGGAAACCGUAAGAGAAUUGACUCCGCACGUCAGAGACAGAAGGGCCACCUACGCGCAAUCCCUGAGCGUCCUCAACCAUGCCAAAAAAUGCGUUCCCACAAUACUCACCAAGACUUCUUUGAUGCUUGGGUUAGGAGAGACUGACGAGCAAGUCCUGCAGACGCUUAAGGAUUUGCGUGCCAUUGGGUGUGACAUUGUGACAUUUGGUCAGUACAUGAGGCCUACUAAAAGACACAUGAAGGUUGUAGAGUACGUCAACCCCGAGAAAUUCGAUUACUGGAAAGACAAGGCUCUUGAACUGGGGUUCUUAUACUGUGCCUCGGGACCCCUGGUCAGAUCCUCUUACAAAGCUGGUGAAGCUUUCAUCGAGAACAUCUUGAGGAAAAGAGUUCCCAACUAG